AUGCGGAGCUGCAAGCAAGGCUUGCUCGUUUCUUCCAGCAUUCCCCAGUAUGAGAACCACGAGGUCAACUGGAAACCCGCUGGCAAGCUUGUGACGGAAGGUGGUACUGUGCGUUUCAUGGACAACUUCCUAUGGGCCACCGUUUAUGAAGAGCUACGUGGGAUGCGAAAACUUGUGGAACGCGAAGAGGAUAUCGCUGAGGCGGAACCGUCCGACUGGGACCCCGGAGCUUCAAUGCCCGAUUACAGCGAAUAUCUUCUUGUCGGCGGCAACUUGCCGUCUGAGAAACCUCAUGAUCUUUACCCCAACGCCGGUCAGAUUUUCGGCUUAUGGCAAAUAUUUCUCGAGAGAGUGAAUUCUCUUACGAAAAUCAUACACCCUCCCACCUUGCAGCAGUCCGUGGCAGAAGCUGCCGCUGGUCCAGGGACCUUGCCACACAACAUUGACGCUCUUCUCUUCGCCGUAUACAGCAUGUCCAUCGUCUCCAUGACUGAUGAUGAGUGCCUCGCAAUGCUAGGCUCCACAUGCAAAGCUGCCUUUUGGCGGUUUUCAUCCGGAAUGUCAAUACAGGGCAGGUGCAACAUUCAUGGAGCUUGGGUUUUGAACGGUAUCUGUGUACGAAUCGCCCAGAAAAUGGGCCUCCACAGAGAUGGGGAGCUUCUCGGCCUUCCACCUUUUGAAACUGAGAUGAGGCGGCGGAUUUGGUGGCAGAUUUUCAUGUUGGACUCCAAAUUCUCCAUGAUAUCAGGGCUGAGCCAAUCACUGCUUCCUCGACCUAGCGACUGUAAACUUCCCAAAAACCUGAAUGACGCGGACUUACAUGCGGGUGCAACGGAGCGAUAUCAGGAUCGCGAAGGCCCGACAGACAUGGUAAUUCCACUCUUGGUGUAUCAAGUUGGCUUUUGCAUUCAGCAGCAACAAGACAUCGAAUCGUUAAUGCUCUACAACGAAUUGAGCACCCUGAGCUCAGGAAGAAGAAGCAAAGUUCAGUCGGCACAAAUGAGCGCCUUUAUCAAGAAUCUCGAGAGUCGGCUCAAUGCUGUGAUCGAUAAGAACUCCGAUCCUACGGCUGGUCCUGUCCACGAGUUGGCCAGCCUUCUGAAGUCUCCAAUACUUUAA